CAGAUAUUUAUGCUAAUCACGCGGAGCUCUGCGCUUUUUAAUCCACGCCCAAGCAGUGCAGAUAGAGAAUUGUAUCUGAAUCUUUCGUAGAGCGGGACAAAGAUAAGGCAGACGCCAUGUCAGACAAACCAAGUCUUUGCGAAAUCAUACAAUUUGAUAAGAAAAAACUGAAGAAGACAGAAACCAAAGAGAAAAAUCCUCUGCCAACAAAAGAGACAAUUGAAGAGGAAAAAAGACAAGAAUCAACUUCAUGAAUGUGAAAUGGAGGCGAUGCAAUUUGUUAUUUUUUUUUAAGUUGACUGGUUUUUGUUUCAAAAUCCUUACUGCUAACUGACUCGCGGAUGGGACUCUGUUGUAGCAUACUGUCCACUCCCAAGAUGGAGAUUACUCCCUGUAGUGCACCAAGGGACCAACUUAUCAAAAUAAUGGUGUUUGGACCAUACAAUGAUAGGAAACAAUGUAUCUGCGCACUAAAUAUUUGAAGUCAGUUUAAUUUUAUUUAUGUAUUUAAAAUCCAUCUUUCCAUGGACACUUCUAUGCUUGACAUGUUACAAAUCUAAUAAAAACCAAUGAAAUAA